AUGUACUCUGUGCAUGCGCAUCCCGUCCAGACCAUGUCCAUGUCGAAUGGAGGCAUUGGGAACGGCAUCAUGGAUCCAUCAGGGACCAUUGACCCGUCCGCCCUCAAUGCAGCAGGCGUGCUUGUAGGCCCGUCGCAGCCCGCAGCACAGCAACCCUCGCGCGGGCUCAAGCGCAGUCGCUCGCCCGAGAACAGCUAUGCAGACCUGCAGUACGGCGAAGAUGGUACGUAUAUCGCGUCGCGGGACCCGGCAGACACGCUGACGGAUGGCACAGAAGACGGCAAACCACGAAAGCGCGGGCGCCCACCAAAGGCCGCAAAGGGCGCGUACGCUGGCAGCCCCAACCGCUCGUCCCAGCCUCCGACGCCCUCGCAUGGCGGCAACGCUCCCUCCGUGCAAACUCCCCAACUCCAGACCACCCCGCUGCCCCAAGGCUCGCCUCCGCGGGUGUCGCCAUCCAACAAAGGCACUCCCACCAAACCCACAGUGAUCAAGGCGCUGCCCACAGUGCGCGAUCACACCACCGACCAGCUGAAUCCCGAGGGCGACGAGUACAUACCCCGCGAAAUCGACGACGCUGGCGAACGCAAGGUCACACAGACUGGCCACCCGCUCGAAGGACGCGAAUACCGCUGCCGGACCUUCUUCGUGCCGAAUCGCGGCGAUAAGCUGUUCAUGCUCGCUACCGAGUGUGCACGCGUCCUAGGCUACCGUGAUUCGUACCUGCUUUUCAACAAGAACCGUUCUCUAUUCAAGAUUAUUGCUACGCAGGCCGAAAAGGACGAUCUGAUCCACCAGGAAAUAUUGCCGUAUUCGUACCGUUCGCGGCAAAUAGCCAUCGUAACCGCCCGGUCCAUGUUCCGCCAGUUUGGAAGCAGGCUGAUAGUCAACGGACGAAGAGUGCGCGACGACUACUGGGAAAGCAAGGCCCGUAAGCAGGGAUUCACAGAAGAAGACGCUGCUGGCGAGAAACGACCGGGUGCCGCGAAAGCAAGAGAAGCGGCGGCGGCGGAAGCCAACCACGCCAAUACCAUGACCUUUGCCCAUACAGGCCCCUACACUGGCAACGCCCAGGACUAUCUCGGCGGCGCUAUUAACCCUCUACAACCGUUUGGAGGCCUCAACCCCGCACCGGGCAGCUUGCCUACAGUGGGCACGGACGCGUAUGCUCAACGUAAUACGACUGAUCUGCAACCACGUGACUACAGUGGUGUCCAACGGCCUCGACAUGAGAUGGCCGGCGUGCCAUAUCAGGACAUGACGAGGCCAACGCCAUCCGGCGAGAUUCUGAACGCCGCUGCCCAAACAGCAGAGGCCAACAAGCAGCUUGAGCAGCAGCGCAAGAGCCGCAAGGAAUACCUGGACAACAUGUGGACACGCCCACAUGAGCCACCAGCGCAGACUAACCGCCCAGGGACUGCGGAUGGUGACCAAGUACCCCAAGUCUCACAGGCUGUGCAAUCGCCACGGGCAGCAUCAACUAAUGUGCCCAUACCUGGCAACCAAUAUGGCAUGGCUACACAGACACCACAGAGACCAGGGCAACAAAUGCCGCCUCAGGCAUACCGCCCACAGUCCAUCCCACAGAACAACAUGGUUCCAUCGCCUAUGGCCCAGCAGCACACACCAAUGCGACCCGACCAGAUGCACCGUCGCCCUCAAAGUAUUGGUAUGCCCCAAGGCAUGGCACAACCAGGAAUGGGACCGGGCGGAAUGCUCCCUGGCCAGAAUACCGGUCACGGAUAUCCUCCAUCUCACAUGUGGCAACAGGCUCCACAGCCAUCACCACUGUCACAGCAGCAUAGCAUGCAGCAUGGCUCGAUGCAUGGCACACCAGUCCAACAGUAUCAGACCAUGGGUGCUAUGGGGGAUCCUGGAUUCCAGAACAUGGGCCAGCAUCCUUACCAGCCUAGCCCGAGCCCUCACCAGUUCAUGCAGCAUCCCAGUACCGCCGGCCAGCAACCUGGCAUGUCUGGCUGGGCUCCACAGCAAGCACCGCCGCAAGGAUGGCAGUCCUACUAG